AAAGAACUACUUUUAAUGAAGUACAGCAUCCAUUGUGAAAGUGGAGAAGUAAAGAUUAUUCAUCAUGCCUGCUGUGGCUUCAGUUCCUAAAGAACUCUACCUCAGUUCUUCACUAAAAGACCUCAAUAAGAAGACAGAAGUUAAACCAGAGAAAAUAAGCACUAGGAAUUAUGUACAGAGUGCCCUGAAGAUCUUCAAGACCGCAGAAGAAAGCAGAUUAGAUCGUGAUGAGGAAAGGGCCUAUGUGCUAUAUAUGAAAUAUGUGACUGUUUAUAAUCUUAUCAAAAAAAGGCCUGAUUUCAAGCAACAGCAGGACUACUUUCAUUCAAUACUUGGACCUGCAAACAUCAAAAAAGCUAUUGAAGAAGCUGAGAGACUCUCUGAAAGCCUUAAACUCAGAUAUGAAGAAGCUGAAGUUCGGAAAAAACUUGAAGAAAAGGACAGACGGGAGAAAGAGCAGCUGCAGAAACAGAAAAGGCAGGAAACAGGAAGAGAGGAUGGUGGCAUAUCAGCUAAAAGUUCUUUGGAAAAUGUAUUGGAUGCCAAAGACAAAACCCACAAGAUAAAUGGUGAAAAGAGUGAAAAAAAUGAGACUACAGAGAAAGGAGCAAUCACAGCAAAGGAGCUUUACACAAUGAGGAUGGAUAAAAACAUCAGCUUGAUUAUAAUGGAUGCUCGAAGAAUGCAGGAUUAUCUGGAUUCCCAUAUUUCAAAUUCUCUCAGUGUUCCUGAAGAAGCCAUCAGUCCAGGAGUCACUGCUAGUUGGAUUGAAGCAAACCUCCCAGAUGAUUCUAAAGACACAUGGAAGAAGAGAGGGAAUGUGGAUUAUGUGGUACUUCUUGACUGGUUUAGUACUGCAAAAGAUUUACAACUUGGAACAACUCUGCGGAGUCUGAAAGAUGCACUUUUCAAGUGGGAAAGUAAAACUGUCCUGCACAAUGAGCCUUUGGUUUUAGAAGGAGGCUAUGAAAAUUGGCUCCUUUGUUAUCCACAGUAUACAACAAAUGCUAAAGUCACUCCACCCCCACGAGGCAAGAAUGAAGAGGUGUCUGUCUCAUUGGAUUUUACUUACCCCUCACUGGAAGAAUCAGUUCCUUCUAAACCUACUGCCCAGAUGACACCUCCUACAGAAGUCAAUGAAAACAUAGAAUUGAUAAACAAUCAAGAUGAGAGAGUGGGACCACUGAAUAUAUCAGCUCCAGCUGAACCAAUUGCUGCUUCUAAAUCUGAUGUUUCACCCAUAAUUCAGCCAGUGCCUAUUAUAAAGAAUGUUCCACAGAUUGAUCGUACUAAAAAACCGGCAGUCAAAUCGCCUGAAGAUCAUAGAAUAAAAUCUGAAAUUACAGAUCAUGAGCAACAGUCUCCUCAGAAUGGAAAAGUUGUUCCUGAUCGGUCCACAAAACCGGUAUUUCCCCUUCCAACUGCCAUGUUAACAGAUGAAGAAAAAGCUCGUAUUCAUGCGGAAACUGCUCUUCUAAUGGAGAAAAACAAACAAGAAAAAGAACUUAGAGAAAGGCAGCAAGAGGAACAGAAAGAGAAACUGAGGAAAGAAGAAGAACAAAAAGACAGAAAGAAACAAGAAGCUGAAGAAAAUGAAAUCACAGAGAAGCAACAAAAAGCAAAAGAACAAAUGGAAAAGAAAGAAAGUGAACAGGCCAAGAAAGAAGAUAAAGAAGCCUCAGCAAAGAAGGGCAGAGAAAUAACAGGAGUAAAAAGACAAAGUAAAAGUGAACAUGAAACUACUGAUGCCAAGAAAUCUGUGGAAGAUAGGGGGAAAAGGUGUCCAACCCCAGAAGUGCAGAAAAAGUCAACAGGAGAUGUGCCCCAUGCCUCUGUGGCAGGAGAUUCCAGUUCAGGCAAGCCUGUUAAGAUUAAAGGACAACCAGAAAGUGGAAUUCUAAAGACUGGAACUUUUAGAGAGAAUACAGAAGGCACUGAAGAAAUAAAGUAAUCUCGAGAGCCUUUGACAAGAGCACGAAGUGAAGAAAUGGGGAGGAUCGUACCAGGACUGCCUUCAGGCUGGGCCAAGUUUCUUGACCCUAUCACUGGAACUUUUCGUUACUAUCAUUCGCCCACCAACACUGUUCAUAUGUAUCCACCGGAAAUGGCUCCUUCAUCAGCACCUCCUUCCACCCCUCCAACUCAUAAAGCCAAGCCACAGAUUCCUGCCGAGCGGGAUAGAGAACCAUCCAAGCUGAAGCGCUCCUACUCCUCCCCAGAUAUAACCCAAGCCAUUCAAGAGGAAGAGAAGAGGAGACCAGCAGUAACUCCAACAGUUAAUCGAGAAACCAAGCCAACAAGCUACCCUAAAACUGAGAUAACAAGGCUUUCUGCUUCUCAAAUUCGGAACCUCAAUCCUGUUUUUGGAGGAUCUGGACCAGCUCUCACUGGACUUCGUAAUUUAGGAAAUACUUGUUACAUGAACUCAAUACUGCAGUGCCUAUGUAAUACUCCACAUCUGGCUGAUUAUUUCAACCGCAACUGUUAUCAGGAUGAUAUUAAUAGGUCAAAUUUGUUGGGGCAUAAAGGUGAAGUGGCGGAAGAAUUUGGCAUAAUCAUGAAAGCCCUGUGGACAGGACAGUACAGGUAUAUCAGUCCGAAAGACUUUAAAAUCACUAUUGGGAAGAUCAAUGACCAGUUUGCAGGAUACAGCCAGCAAGAUUCACAAGAACUGCUUCUGUUCCUAAUGGAUGGUCUCCAUGAAGAUCUUAAUAAAGCUGAUAAUCGGAAAAGACACAAAGAAGAAAAUAAUGAUCAUCUCGAUGACUUUAAAGCUGCAGAACAUGCUUGGCAGAAGCACAAGCAGCUCAAUGAAUCUAUCAUUGUUGCCCUUUUUCAGGGUCAAUUCAAAUCCACAGUACAGUGCCUCACCUGCCACAAAAAGUCUAGGACAUUUGAGGCUUUCAUGUAUCUGUCUCUACCACUAGCAUCUACAAGUAAAUGUACAUUACAGGAUUGCCUUAGAUUAUUUUCUAAAGAAGAAAAACUCACAGAUAACAACAGGUUUUACUGCAGUCAUUGCAGAACUCGACGGGAUUCGCUAAAAAAGAUAGAAAUCUGGAAGUUGCCACCUGUACUUUUAGUGCAUCUGAAACGUUUUUCCUACGAUGGCAGAUGGAAGCAAAAAUUACAGACAUCUGUGGACUUCCCAUUAGAAAAUCUUGACUUGUCACAGUAUGUUAUUGGUCCAAAGAACAAUUUGAGGAAAUAUAACUUGUUUUCUGUUUCGAAUCACUAUGGUGGGCUGGAUGGAGGCCACUACACUGCCUAUUGUAAAAAUGCAGCAAGACAGCGGUGGUUUAAAUUUGAUGAUCAUGAAGUUUCUGAUAUUUCCGUUUCUUCUGUGAAAUCUUCAGCAGCUUAUAUCCUCUUUUAUACGUCAUUGGGACCACGAGUAACUGAUGUAGCCACAUAA